CGAAUACGAAUACGGAAUACCCUCACAGUUCACGGGUAGCUUUCGGACUCUCUUUUGGUGCUCUUGACUCUUCGUCGUCUUCCUCCUGCUCUGUUUCCCUCUCUCACACAGCGCUCCUUCACUGUUCACACACUGUGCCAUCUCACCGUAGGAAAUCUUUCUCUCUCGCGAGCUGCGACAUUCCCCGUCAUAGAAUGGCCUUGCAAAAUGAAACUAGACAAGCUACUCCAACUGCCCAGGUUGUUGGGAAUGCUUUUGUUGAGCAGUAUUAUCAUAUUCUUCACCACUCUCCAGGGUUGGUUUACAAAUUUUAUCAGGAUUCAAGUGUGGUAAGCCGGCCGGAUCCCCAUGGUGCAAUGACAUCAGUGACAACUAUGCAAGGUAUCAAUGAGAAAAUUCUUUCCUUGAAUUACACGGACUUCAAGGCAGAGAUAAAAACAGCUGAUGCUCAGAAGUCUUAUAUGGAAGGUGUGACUGUGCUUGUAACUGGAUGCUUAACUGGCAAGGAUAACUUGAGACGGAAAUUUGCGCAGUCCUUUUUUCUUGCCCCACAAGACAAUGGUUUCUUUGUCCUGAAUGAUGUCUUUAGAUAUGUAGAAGAUAGUGAACCUUUGGAGAGUCAACCAGUUAAUCACACUGAUAAUUUUCAUGCAUUGCGCCCAAUCUCAGGUCCGGACCCUGUCUCUGUUCCUGAUCCUCCUGCACCAGACCCAGCAACUUCUAUUGUGUUUGAAGAUAUACAUAUUGCUGAGAAAUCCUAUGACCCAUCUGAGCAUGAGAUACAAGUAGCUACUGAAGAUGAGGCUGUCGUGGACUCCCAACCUGAUUCAAAUGGGAGUGACGUUGUUGUGGUUGUUGAAUCUGCUUCAGCUCAAGAGGAUGCUCCGAAGAAAUCUUAUGCUUCAAUUGUGAAAGUAGCCAAAGGGGGUUUGGGCACAACAAAAAUUUAUGUUCCUACUAAUACUGCUAAAGUGGCUCCUAAGAAAGCAGAAAACCAGUCAGUGGUGCCCGUAGUACCUGCUCCAGAAGUUGAACCUUCCGCCCCGAUUGAGUCUGAUAAUCCUGAAAGUAGCAAUGCUCACGAGGACGUUGAGGAUCACUCCAUAUAUGUAAGAAAUUUGCCCUUAAAUAUGACGGUUGCUCAAAUGGAGGUAGAGUUUAAGAAAUUUGGUCCAAUCAAGGAUGGAGGUGUCCAAGUCAGAAAUAAUAAGACGGAGGGAUACUGUUUCGGAUUUGUUGAAUUUCAUUCUUUAAGUUCCAUGAGUAAUGCAAUCCAGGCUUCCCCUAUCAACAUCGGCGGUCGUCAAGCUUUUGUGGAGAGAAAGAAAGCACGCACUCGAGGUGGUGGUGGUAGUGGAAGAGGUAGGUUCCCUUCAGGAAGGGGUGGGUUUCGAAAUGACAGCUUCAGGGCACGUGGAAUCUAUGGUUCUACCCGCGGUUUUGGCUGGAGUGAGGUUGGAAACCGCAACGAAUUUUCUGGCCGAGGCAGGGGCUUAGGUGGUCGCGGUGAAGGUUAUCAGGGGAGAGGAAGAAGUGGUCGAUCGAGUGCACCGAAGCUGAAUACUACUACUACAUGAAACAUGGCAUUUAGAUUGCCCAGCGGCAUUUUUUUUUGUCAAUGCUUAGAACUUGACAUUAUUAAUUGCUUCGUCAAAUUCAUAGGAAGUAAACUUUCGGAUUCUGUCCAGGAACAAUAUUUGAUGGGGGUAUUUUUUUACAAAGAAAAAAAAAUCUUUAAUAGAAUUUUUGGUAGGCUGGAUUUUUCACUUGGGUACAUUCAAGUUUGCUGAUUUUUCUGGUCUCUCCAACUUAUUAGGAAUCAUUCGGUGUUAUUGCACAGUGUGUCAUUGAAAGUAGUAAUAGGAUGGAUGAUAUAUUUAAUUAGGCCAGCCCUUUAGCAUGCAAAUGGGAUCUUAAUUGAUUGUUUAGGUGAUCUUCGACCUCCUAA